AUGGCCAUUACCGAGGUGUGGGAUGGUGUGGCCGAGGUACACAUGGCCCUGAACAACCAGGCCACCGGGCUCCAGAACCUCAAGAAGGAUAUCCGGGGCGUGCUAGACCAGAUGGAAGACAUUCAGCUGGAGAUUCUGGGGGAUCGCGCCCAGUGCCGCACCCAGGCAAGGAAGGACCUGUGCUUAUCAAAGACGCUGCCACAUCUGGGAUGCUCCGAGGGCUUCAAGGGCCAGCUCUGGCUGCUGGCCCUGAGGCUGCUGCUGGGCGCCCUGCUGGCCUGCACCGCCGCCUACGUGUACGUGGUGGACCCC